CCUGUGUUUCCUGUUUCCUACCGUCAGUGAAAGCAGCACAAGAGUCCCAUAGUUAACACUUCUGUCGUGCGUCAAGCUGAAAAGGCUCAGCAUGUCUGAGAAAGAAUUGGGACAAAAGUGGGACCGAUGCCUGGCGGAUGGUGUCAUUAAGCUCGGCACGGGGCUGAGCCUAGGAAUGGUCUUUUCUGUCAUCUUCUUUAAACGGCGCACGUGGCCCAUCAUGCUGGGCUCAGGACUGGGCGUUGGCAUGGCGUACGCCAACUGUCAGAAGGAGCUGAGGUCACAUUACCUGCCGCACAGGAAGGAACAAUAACUUCAAGACACGGACCUUCCUCUUUUUACUUUGGGAGCAUCCUGGCCUGUGUGGGAGUCAACAUUUGCACUCGGACGUUCUCCCAGAAUGACUCUGUAUGACCUGUAACUGUAUGUACGUAUGUAUUUAUGUACAUACGUAUAUAUUUAUGUACGUACGUAUGUAUUUAUGUACGUACGUAUGUAUUUAUGUAUGUAGGCCAUCAGGACACUUUGUGUAAUAAAAUCUAUAUCAAAAGCUUCUCCCAGUAUGGCCUGUUAUUGUAUGUACGUAUGUAUUUAUGUACGUACGUAGGUAUGCAUUUUUAUACAUAGGUAUGUAUUUAUGUAUGUACGUAUGUAUUUAUGUACGUACGUAGGUGUUUAUGUAUGUACUUUGUGUAAUAAAAUUUACAUCAAAAUGGC